GCACGCGCGGGUGGAAAAAGGGGGAGAAAACGACCGGUUGUCGGAGCGGAUGACUGGUUUUUAUUCCUCUCCUCGUUUGUGGAGUGGAGAGCGCUUCCCCUCCUCGCCCUCCUCCACGCUAUCGCUCUUCUUCCCCCUCGUUCUCCUCUCUUUACUUCUCCUCUCGCUUCCUUGUUCUCUCUUCCGGCUGUUGCUGCUGCUGCUGUUGUUCUUCCUCGUCUUCCGCGAUCGAAGAAGCCGGAAUCUGACGCGCGCGGCGGAGGGGAAUGGGUGGUGCGGCGGGGAUCCUUUGAUGGGAGGUGGUGGAUGGAGUACGAGGAACCGGAGUCCAGAUGCACGGCGCGAGGCCGCCGGCGGCCAUGACGGAGGGAUCUUCAUCGCUUGACGAAGAUCAGGGCUAGGGUUUCUUGCGUUCCUUCCGUCCACUGUAGUAAUGAGGCAAUGUGGCAAAUGAAUUUGAGAGGGAGUGAAUCAAUGGAAUCUGGACCCUAUCCCGAGCGGCCAGGAGAGCCAGACUGUGCUUAUUACAUCAGGACUGGCCUCUGUAGAUUUGGAAUGACUUGUAAAUUUAACCACCCACCCAAUAGAAGUCUGGCUAUUGCUGCUGCUAGAAUUAAGGGGGGUUAUCCUGAAAGAGUAGGGCAACCUGAAUGUCAGUAUUACUUGAAGACUGGUACAUGCAAAUUUGGAGCUACAUGCAAAUUUCACCACCCGAAAGAUAAAGCUGGAAUGGCUGGGCGAGUUCAAUUAAACAUUUUAGGCUAUCCACUUCGGCUGAAUGAGAAGGAAUGUGCAUAUUACAUAAGAACUGGACAGUGUAAGUUUGGAAACACCUGUAAAUUUCACCAUCCACAACCAUCUAAUGCGAUGGUUGCUUUACGUGGCUCUCCUGUUUAUCCUCCUGUACAUUCUCUGACAACCCCUGGGCAGCAAUCUUAUCCCGGGGGAUUGACAAACUGGUCCUUGUCAAGAACUUCUUUCAUUCCAAGCCCUCGAUGGCAAGAUCCUUCAAGUUAUACUCAACUGAUUCUUCCUCAGGGGUUGGUUCAAGUCCCUGGGUGGAAUCCAUAUCCUGUAAGUCUUUCUCAGCCUUUUUUUCUGCUUGUUUAAAAAUGCAUGAUUCAUGAAGAGAGACAUGAUAUAUUAUCUGAUUACUUUUUUGUUUUGCUUUUUUAUUAUCUUUUCCCCUUUAAACUUCAUGGCAGCUAUAUUGACAAGUGGUUUUAACUUUUAAGUAUGUCAUGUUCUAGAAGUACCUAGAUGUCAAGGACUGUGCAACAACAAAUUAUUCAACACCAUUUAGUUGUCUCUGGUAUGAACUCGAUAUAUAAAAUUCCAAGAAGAUUCCUUAUCUGCAUGUUUCUCUUGUGCUAAUCUGUUUAUGCUUUGUCAGCUUCUCCAACCUUCAUGCUUACUGAAAUAUAAAUAAUAGCCCAAAGCCACAAAAUAAUUGAUUAUAUGGAUUCAAUAAAGCUAGAAAGAUUUGAAUAAGAGAUGCUAGACUUGAAGAUCAUUUUUUGUGUCAAGUUGUGUGAUUGCAGUUCUAGUCAACAUUAAUGCUUUAAGGUCAAGACUCAAGAGAACUCCUUUCCUUCGCUGCCUCUUCAUUAAAUGCAAUGGAGAAGACUAGAACAUGUCUUAAGUUUUCUUUUUUCCUUUUUCAUGAAAUUAACCUAGAAAAGAACACAAAUGAUUGUCAACAUAUGUGCAUUAUUUGUCAUUGUUUAUUCCUGUCUUAAUUUUUCAUUGGCAUCAAAUCCUUCGUUUUCAUUCUCUCCCCCCCGCCUCCCUGCUUUGGUGCAUUUUAGAAUUUUUUUAAAGAAAAGCCUUAUUUUUAUUUGUUUAUGAUCUUUACCAAUGCAGCUUACAUGCCCUUCUACAUCUCCAAAUUUUGAACCUUAAAUCAUUAUAGUUUCUGCCUGGAAUUUCUUUAUUCUACAUUUGUCCAAUUAUUUCUCUUUAUUUAAUCCAAUUAUAAACUGUAUGCCUUGUUUUUAAACUGACUAGGCAUACUUCCCCAUCUCCAACCCUCCCCUUGCCCAAACUCUCUUAUCUCAUACACACGGACUGUGUUUGGUUGGUAGUUAAAUGGUAAAUAAGGGGAGGUUAUCACUUUAACCAGCCAAACACCAUCUAAAAGUAGUGGAUCAAGUUAUUUGGGCAAAGGGUGAUAAGGUCAGCUACCAAGAUCUCUCUUUUUUUGCUUUACUUUUUCACUUUUCUUAAAGAUGUGAACUAAAUAACAGAUAAUUUUAGCCACUAACUGUUUAGGGGUUGGUUACAAAUGGUUAAAUCUAUUCACCCCCCAGUUAGCUAUUUGGUGUCCAAAUGCAGUCACAGAGAGAGAAAAGAGAGAUUGCAAAUCUGAUUAAGAAUGAGAAAUUUAAAAGAAUGCAAUGAGAACCAAACAAAAGGGAAAAGAAAGGUGAUAGGAUGUGUCCCACUAAAGGUUAGCUAUCUGCAUACUUUUCACCGUGUGCUUAUCAUGUUCUCUCAUAUAAUUUUCUUGCUUUGAUACUCAAUUUUCUCUUUUCUUGGCAUAGUUAUAUUUGGUUUCUUAAUGUCUAGUAGAAACUUUUUGUCAGACUUUCACAUUUUACUGGGAACUAGAAAAAUAAGCAUAAGAAUAUGCAUAAUGCAUAAUGCAUAAUGUAAAAUUUGAAACAUCAACUAGUUCUUGCAUAAUGGAUCUUCAUGUCACCUUGAGAGCUUUCAUACAUAGUGAUGUAUCAUCUGUUUUGUUCUAAAAGAGACUCGUAUUCUUUGUUGAUGUUUGACUUCUAGUUGAUUGCUCAAAUAGUAGUGGGACUUGGUAAGGUUCUUGUGCUUUUUUUUUUUGGCUCUUGUCAUGUACAGUGCUAGACUUAAUGAUAAUGCUUAUAGACCUAACUAGGAAGCGAAUAUUUUAUUUUACGAUCUUCAAGUCAUCUUGAGAAAUUUCAUAUAUAGUUGUGUAUCAUCCAUUCUCUUCUAAAAGAGGUACUAUCAUAUUCUUUUUGUUGAUGUUUGACUUUGACUUGAUUGCUCAAAUAGCUGAAUAUUGAUGUGCACAUCAACUUGGACUUGGUAAGAUUCUUGUGCUUUUUUUGUUGGCCCAAUCGUGUAGCUGAAUAUUGUGUGUGUGUGUGUCUAUAUACAUACAUACAGACAGACAGGAAGGCACGCACGCACGCAUGCACACACAUCAUUUUUGUGGUGGACAGUGACAUUGUUAUUGAAGAAUUGGAUGAUAUUGCAAAAUGGAUACAAAUGGAGGUUUUUUUUUUUGAGUGUGGAUAAAAAUGAAGCUUCACUUGAUGAUUUAUAGACAUUCAUUACUCUUAUGCAAACUCAGAAUAUCUACCUAGAAAUUUGCAUAGAAUAUGUAAACCUUCAAAAGUCUGAUCCAUAUAAUUAGUUUAAAUUGCCUGGCUCUAUUAGCUAUGGUGAAAUCCAUAUAAAAUGUAUGCAUGUUUACAAAGAACUUUUGUUUGAUGAUGAUUUUGGGGUUACUAACAAGUGAUGUAUCAUUGAAAUAUGACGUUUUAAUGUGCAAAAGCUUUAGGUGGCAUUAUUGAUAGUUGAAUGAUACAAAGUUUUAAUGCUACUAGUGUACUUAUAAAUGACAUUCUAUGAAGAUAAACAUUUUGAUGGAACACCUCAGGACAUAGAAAAGCUAUUGAGUGGAAUGAGAAUUUUACAAGCAUUUCUUGAUGCGAGGUCUAAAUAUUCAUGUGGAUCCAUAUCCUAGAUUUUGUUAUUUUUAGUUGGUGAAUUCGAGGCAAUAAAAUAUUAUCUCAAUUUGAGUGCGGUGCAUCCCAUAAGGACUUGAUUCUUAAGUUUAGUUAGCACCUUUAAGGAUAUUGCAAAUCAAUAUUCUACCUCUAAGCAU